AUGGCACCCGAACCUUCAACUUUUUUUUUUUCCUUCUGCUUUGGGCCAUGGCAAAAUUUCAUACUGCGCGACACAGUUGGACCGUCUAACCUCGCAUUCCACUCUACCACAACACACGUGCGCCCGCGACACCAACACACGCACGUCAACAGAGCUUCCAUAAUGGGUCGCAAGUUCAGAGGAGGAAAGAAGGGCAAGGGUGGACGCGGUGGCGCCCAGGGCGGUGAUCGUGGCCGUCAGCCUCGCAGUGAAUCGUGGCAGUCGUACCCUUCUGUCAAGAAGGAGAAUGAGAAACUCCAGCGCUACUACAACACCAUCAUUGGUCUUUCUGAGGAGGAGCAGGGUCCCUUCUGGGAUGCGCUGCGCAGAGACUUGCCCAACAGCUUCCGCUUCUGCGGCUCCAAGGGUCACGCCUUGGCCGUGAAGAAGCUUCUCCAGAACAGAUACAUGCCCGAAAUCAUCAAGAUCGAACACGCCGAUGGCCGCCCUGUCGAGCCCCCCAAGCCGCUCGAGUGGUACCCCAACUCCCUCGCCUGGUGGAUGACUACCCCGAAGAACGUCAUCCGCAAAUAUGCGCCCUUCUCUGCUUUCCAGAAGUUCCUCGUCUCGGAGACGAGCGUUGGUAACAUCAGCAGACAGGAGGUUGUCAGCAUGAUCCCUCCCUUGCUGAUGGAUGUCCGCCCCGGCAUGACUGUCUUGGAUAUGUGCGCUGCCCCUGGUAGCAAGGCUGGCCAGCUUCUCGAGAUGAUUCACCAAGGCGAGGAGGCUAGAGUCAGAAAGGUUCUGCGCGCUAAUGCGAAGGAAGACGGACUCGAUCUCGGCGAAGAGACCGAGGAGGAGCGCCAGGCUGAUCUCGGCGCCGAUCCCUCGGAUUCUGGCCGCACCACCGGCCUGCUGAUCGCCAACGAUGCCGACUACAAGCGAGGACACAUGCUUGUCCAUCAGCUCAAGCGUCUCUCAUCACCCAACCUGCUCGUCACGAACCACGAUGCCACUCAGUACCCCGCGAUCAAGCUCCCUUCCGACCCCGCCACCCCGAACAAGCCCGUCUACCUCAAGUUCGACAGAAUUCUGGCCGAUGUGCCCUGCUCCGGUGACGGAACCCUGAGAAAGAAUCAGAACCUUUGGAAGGACUGGCAACCCGGUAAUGCUCUCGGCCUCCAUGUGACUCAGGUCAGAAUUCUGCUGCGCGCCCUCGCCAUGCUUAAGGUUGGUGGCCGCGUCGUCUACUCUACCUGCUCCAUGAACCCUGUCGAGAACGAGUCCGUCAUUGCGGCCGCUAUCGACCGAUGCGGUGGCCCCGACAAGGUCGAGAUCGUCGACUGCAGCAAUGAGCUUCAAGGCCUCGUCAGAGCCCCUGGCAUGCGCAAGUGGCAGAUUAUGGACAAGUCUGGAAGAUUAUGGAGCUCCCAGGCAGAGGUUGACGAGUUCACCAAGGCCAGCGCCGACGGUAUCGCCCCUGGCAGACUUGUUGAGAGCAUGUUCCCUCCUUUGGAGGGCAGCGUGUGCGCAAACCUUCCUCUCGAGCGUUGCAUGAGAGUCUACGCCCACCAGCAGGACACCGGCGGUUUCUUCAUCACCGUCUUGCAGAAGAAGUCCGAAGUCAAGAUCCGCCCUGAAGACCAGAAGAGCGACGAUGCCACCAAGUCGAACGGAACCGGAGCGACUGCCACGCCCGCGGCCGAGAACGGCGUCGAGAAGAAGGCAGAGGAGAAGACCGAGGAGAAGACUGAGGAGAAGCCCGAGGAGAAGACCGAGGAGAAGACUGAAGAAAAGAGUGAGGAGAAGGCCGAAGCCAAGCCCGAGGAGCCUGAGCAAGAGGCAUCGAACGGCGUGAAGCGACCGCGUGAAGAUGAGACGGCUGACGGCGAGAACCAAGAAGCGAAAAAACCCAAGCUCGAGACGUCGCAAGCCAAGCCCCAGAGAGCCAACCGCAACGCCCACGGUCAGGUGGAGGAACCCUUCAAGUACCUCGACUCCAAGCACGAGGUCAUCCAGCACAUCAAGACAUUCUACCACAUUUCCUCCCGAUUCCCCGAGGACCGCUUCAUGGUACGUAACGCCGCCGGCGAGCCCGCCAAGGCCAUCUACUACACCUCUGCCCUUGCGCGCGACAUCCUCACCGAGAACGAGGGCCGUGGCAUCAAGGUCAUCCACGGCGGUGUCAAGAUGUUCAUGAAGCAGGACGCUCCUUCGGCCGAGGUUUGCCGCUGGAGAAUCCAGUCCGAGGGUAUGCCCAUCCUGCAGGGCUACGUUGGUGAGCAGCGUGUCGUGCGCCUUACCAAGAAGGAGACGCUCCGCAAGCUUCUCAUCGAGAUGUUCCCUCGCAUUGCCGACGGCGAGUGGGAGAAGAUGGGCGAGAUUGGUGAGCGUGUUAGGGACAUUGGCAUGGGCUGCUGCGUGCUGCGCGUCGAGCCUGACGGCUCCGACGAGGAGUUUAGCGAGCGGAUGGCACUCCCUCUGUGGAAGAGCAUCCACUCUCUUAACCUCAUGCUUCCCAAGGAGGACCGGACAGCUAUGCUGCUCCGUAUCUUUAACGACACCACGCCGUUGAUCAACAACAGCCUUCAGAAGCAGAAGCAGAUUGAAGAGGCUGCCAAGCUUAAGGCCGCUUCGGGCAACACGAUUGCGGACGAGGACUACGCCGACAUCGAGGACGCUCCCACCCCUGAGGAGAUGGACGCCGAGCCGACUUCGACCACUGCGGCUCCUGAGGCUGAGGCUGAGGCUGCUGAGGCCGCCGACGAGACCACUACUGAGGCUGUUUAG